AUGGACAGAAAGAGAGGAGGGGUGGACUGGAUGGAGAGAUUCACCGGACUGCCCACUGUAACUUCAUCAUCUGUGGUUUCUUAAAGGAAAGUGGGAGAGAGGAGAGAGAGAGACGGAAGGAGAGUGGGGUGAACAAGUUGAAAGCGAUAGCAGCCCCCAGUACUGACAUUGGAAAGACAGUGAGAGGGAGAGAGAGAGAGAGCGAAAGAAAGAAAGAGAGAGCAGAAGAGGAGAGAAGGGAAGACGCCUGGCGGUAAGGGAAGGGCGGUGCUCGCUCUUCAGUCCAUCGGAUCUCUCUCAGCCCUACACGGACCCAAUCCUUUGGACCACUCUGUGGUCACUACCUGAACUAAGCUGGACUGGAAAUAUUGGACCAAACAAGGCCUGGACCCCAUAUUAGCCUGAAUCAGAUCAUACCUGGAUUGAACCAAACCAGAUCUGGACCGGAUUCGAUUGAACUGGACUGGACUAUCUGUUACUGAGAGAAAUAGGGAGGAAUGGUUGGAAAAAAGAGAAAUAAGUGUGAAGAUUGUUCGUAAUGCCUUAGAAAGUGGUGACUACAGAUCUGUCAGUAUCUGUCAGGUCUGUCAGUUAUAGUAUUGAUUAUAUGGUGGAUUGUUUGAUCGGUUAAUUGAUUUGCUAACAGAUCUACACAUAUACUAUGACAAGAUCUAAAAUAAGGAAGGGAAAGGCCUCUAUUUAGGCACGUUGGUAUUAUGUUUCAUUCACAGAGUGGGAAUAGUUUAAGUUCAGAGAAUCUGUGUCUUUAAGUUGGUUGUUCUUAUUUCUGUUGAUAUCGUGGGAAAGAUGAGAUGAUCACAGUGAAGUGAUUUCACUCUCACCACUUCCCUUCUACACACUUUCCUGUGUCAGCAAGUCAGUAAUCAGAUUAACUUCAAUGAUUCAGAGUUUUAAGACACGUCAUGAACUGGAUAUCACAUGGAUACAGCUGAUUGAUGGGAAUUGUCUAAUUCCUAAAUGUGUUUUAAUCCAGAGAUCAUUCAGUCCAACAAAUGACAACUCCUAUGAUGGUUGAUAUUUACUCUUUGGACUGUAAAGCUGUGUAGUGAUGCUCUAUCACUGGCUAUAUGUCUGGAUCUUUGAGAACGACUCUGGAAGAAUGACCUCAUUUUAACUUUAGAUCCCUCCUCACCAUCAAAAUAGGCGACAUUUGACUAAACCUCUAUUGUCCCACGCAUCAGAUCUGAAGAGGGCUUUUUUCUGUGUCUACCCACUUUUGGAUAUUUUCCAUUCCAUAAUCGUUUACAUUUAAUAUCCAUUUUGUUGGCCAUUCUCUCAUGCUGCUCAGUGCCUUAUGUUAGCACAACCUGACACGCUUAGCCAAGCCUCAAAGUACCUAGCCUAACUUACUGACUGCUGCAUAGCUUAGCAUCUGUUGUUCAACAACAGAGACUAUUAUUAUCACGAACUUUGCACCUGCUGGAGUCUCUCGCGCAAGGCCUCUGUGUGUGGGCUUGCCCUCAGCAGGCUCCCCCUGCCCUCUCCCAGCCAUGGGGAUCCAGAUCCAGGGUAUGGAGCUGUUUGCCAUUGGCGUGGUCAUGAUAAUGUUUGUGGCAGUGCUCAAGGGCUUUGGCAUCCUGGAGCCCAUGUCCUCCUUUGAAGACAGUAGUGAGAGUGAUUUGGAGCUGUCUACGGUUCGUCACCAGCCAGAAGGCUUGGACCAGCUGCAGGUUCAGACCAAGUUCACCAAGAAGGAGCUCCAGUCUCUAUACAGGGGCUUCAAGAAUGAGUGUCCCAGUGGUUUGGUUGAUGAAGAGACGUUCAAGACCAUCUAUUCUCAGUUCUUUCCCCAAGGAGACGCCACCACCUAUGCACAUUUCCUGUUCAAUGCGUUUGAUAUGGACAGAAACGGCUCUAUUCGUUUUGAGGACUUUGUGAUCGGCCUGUCUGUUCUUCUGAGAGGGACAGUCACAGAGAAACUCAACUGGGCCUUCAACCUGUAUGACAUCAACAAGGAUGGAUACAUCACUAAAGAGGAGAUGCUGGCUAUUAUGAAGUCCAUCUAUGAUAUGAUGGGCAGGUACACGUACCCCAGUGUACGGGACGAGGCACCCUCUGAACAUGUGGAUAAGUUCUUCCAGAAAAUGGACAGAAACCGAGAUGGAGUGGUGACCAUUGACGAGUUCAUCGAGACCUGUCAGAAGGAUGAGAACAUAAUGAACUCCAUGCAGCUUUUUGAGAACGUGCUCUAGACCCCAGCAGAACGUUCUACGCUAUUCCCCCAGCAUCCGAUCCUGUACUUCUGUCUAUACACAAUUUCUGUCCAAUCCCAAGACACACACACACACAAACUACAUCUAGUGCAGUAUGUAUAGGAUUAGCUAAUCCACAGAUAUGUACAUGUGUAGAAACUAGUUUCUUUACUGCUGCACUAGUCUCAACCUGCCACUGCUUCUGGACUAAAGAGAACACUAGAGAAAGAGAAGAGAGCUAGUGGGACCUCUGCUACUUUAAAGAUUCUCAGCGUCCCAGAAAAAAAGGAAAAAGGACCAAACUGCUCAACACUGCUGAUCCUAUGAGCUUCUAGUACUCUUCCUCCUCAUUGGACCCAAAAGACAAAUGACCAAUCAAAUGAUGGAGAGUGUGAGAGUGGAAAUAGAGGAGAAAAACCCAUCACGAUGUUGCUGGCCUCCAGAUAAGGAUACUGUAGCUAUGGCACUUAUACAUUCUGUACACACACAUACUAUCUGUCUGCACAUAAACAUACCACACACACACACACACACACACACACACACACACACACACACACACACACACACACACACACACACACACACACACACACACACACACACACACACACACACACACACACACACACACACACACACACACACAAUCUCCCCACACUCACAAAUGCUGUACAAAACACACACGCACACACACACCCUUCCCACCCAGCAGAGGCUUGCCAGGAAAGGAUAUAUGUGGACACACUGACACACUUCUCUGAAGAGUGUUUGAGAGAGUUGAUGUAGCCUACAGAAAGCUGGACUGAUCCUGAGCAGGGGCACCGGCACCAAACACCACAGGGACACUAAAAAGAAAAGAACUGGAGCAUGUUUGUCAGAUGUGAUGUGUGAUUUGCUUGCACUAAGAAUUGUUCAUAUUGUACAAUAUGCACCAGAAGAGAAUGCAUUGAUUGUAAAUGUAGAUAGUCACUGUAGACCACUAAAGAAAAACUCAGUGUGUAUGUAGAUAUGUAUAGACAGUAAUAUAUAAUAAUAGCAUCCUAAAGCCAGGUGUCAAGCUCUCACCUGUACUCCACUAUGGGUUACAGGUGUUAAAGUUAAGGCCAGACCAAAUCUGUGUGGAUGUUUUCUUACCACUUACAAAACACUCAUUCAUAUAAUUCUAGCCUAACAUGUUUAAUAGAAGAAUUAUUGGAUCAUUUGAUCCUACAGGUAUCUUGUUUAAUUCCAAGUCAAUUCUGGAGUGUAAAGGUACCCCUACGGUCGGUGGGUUCUAUACCUACUGGUUGCGUCUGGUCAUAGUUCUAAGUGACACAGGGAGGUUCGCUGGUUCUGCUCUGUCACCAACGGACCUGCGAGUCAGAAUAAGCUUUAGAUGUACAGUAUGUCAGUGCCACCUUAUAAUAUGUGUAAUAAUAAUAAGACGGAUAUACUAAGAUGUAUAUGUGUUGUAAACUAAAGCCAUCCUCAGAGGAAUACAGAGUAUACAACUAGGGCUUAGUCCCUCUUCUUAAUCCCUCAUCAGAGUUUUGUUUUGUUAAUGACCCAACUGGCACCCUAAUCCCUUUCAAAAGUAGUGCACUAUAAAGGGAAUAGGGUGUCAUGGCCCUGGUCAAAUGUAGAGCACUAUAAAGGGAAUAGGGUGCCAUUUGGGACCUCUAUGAUGUCAUCAUCUGAGGUAUGAGCACUGGCCACUAGUGAUGACAUCACUAUACUUACCUAUCCUAAACCAUGAUAAGGUAUGUGUUUGUUGUUGUUGUUGUACUACAUAUAUAUACAGUAGUGAAUACAGGAACAGUGUUCCUGUGGCAUAAAGUAUCAUUACAUUUUCUCAUUGAAACCAGGGACAAUUCUGAGACAGCCAAAUUAUACCAAAAUCCUGAUAUGGUAAUACCACCAUUUGUACCUGUAACAUGUUGACAGCUCAGACUGCAGAAAGCACAGCCCUAUACCCAGCCCAACCUCAUACCCCCAUACUUAAGCCCUAACUAUAGCCCCUAUCCCAAGGCCCUAUACUGUACCCAGUGGACCUGUUCUAGGAAAUCACAUGUUGUCUCAGAAGUAGAGUGUUGUAACAGAGGUUUUCUCUGUCUCUCCCAUAACAACAUAACUCAUGUGACCUAGCCUAGAACAGAUUAGGUAUGUCCGUGUGUGUGUGGCAUGAAUGAAUGAAACAGACUAGAGACCAGACCAUGGAACUAAAGCAUACACAGACAGCAUGGCCUGGCCUAGAGCGCUCUCUCUCUUUCUCACUCACACACACAUAAAGUCAUGCAGUAAAACUGAAGGAAACUGUGGUUAUUGCCCCAGUCCACAUUUCAACAGUAGGAGGAUUGCACAAUAUUACAGUGCUUCUGAUGUCCAUAAUAUAAUCUGGAGACAUAGUUUUUUAGCAGGCCUACAUUAAAGCAGUAUUGUGUUUCUCCCCCCUCCUGGUCUUGUUUUAGGUGACCUAUUUGGCCAACCUGGAACCAUGUUUAGACGUAACAUAGUAAACUUAAAUCCGCGACACUCCAGUUACUAUGAUAUGUUACAUUUCGUAUGGUAUGUAUUAAUUUGUGGAAUUCCAUCAUCCAUUUCAUGAUAUGUUAUGAUAUGCUAUUUGGGGCGGCAGGGUAGCCUAGUGGUUAAAGCGUUGGAC